GCUCGUCGCUGUCUGCUUUGUUGGAACUGUCGAUGCUGUGACUUUCAGCGAGUCUGCGGCUAUUUUCAAGAUAUAACAGGGAAAUUCGCAGUCUUUUUUGAUUAUUAGCCGUUAUAAACGUUUUAACUUCACAGUCGAUGCUUAUUUGCCGUGGAAGCGCUGCAGACGACAGAAGUAAGGAGCCUCUGUAUAUAAACAAAACGCAGCGAGCUGCUAUUUAAGGUGGCACGUCAAAGACAGCUGCUGUUAAACUCGGCCGAUAGCUGCUUGUUAAGUUAGCUAACUUUUUGUGUUAGUCGUCUUGGUAACGAUGGAAAUCACCAUACAGCUCUGUUAGGAGUUAAGCUCCUAAAAACUUAUGCGUGCGAACAUGAGAGAAGAGGACAGUUUGUUCUCAGGAAGGCAGCCCAUGGCAAGUGGAAGAGGGGGUGAACAUCCCUGCUGCUGCCUUUGCUUUACAGAGGAGAAGGGAGCACUUGCAACCAAGGAGACUGGUCUGAGGCCACCUGGUCAUUUGUCCAAGUCUAAGUAGUAUAAAACCAGACUUUGGGGCAAUAUGGAGACGGUGGGGAAAUUUGAGUUCAGUCGGAAGGACCUGAUCGGCCAUGGCGCAUUUGCUGUCGUCUUCAAAGGCAGACAUCGAGAGAAACAUGACUGGGAGGUUGCAGUAAAGUGCAUAAACAAGAAAAACUUGGCCAAAUCCCAGACAUUGUUGGGGAAAGAGAUCAAGAUCCUUAAGGAACUGAAACAUGAGAACAUAGUUGCCUUACUGGACUUUCAGGAAACUGCCAGCUCAGUGUACCUGGUAAUGGAGUACUGCAAUGGGGGAGACCUUGCUGACUACUUACACUCCAAAGGCACGCUUAGCGAGGACACCAUCAGAGUUUUCCUGCAGCAGAUUGCAGGGGCCAUGAGGGUCCUACAGGCCAAAGGUAUCAUCCACAGGGACCUGAAACCCCAGAACAUUCUGCUCUCCUACCCAGCAGGACGCAAGUCGCACUCUAACAACACCUGCAUCAAGAUAGCGGACUUUGGCUUUGCCAGGUACCUUCAGAACAACAUGAUGGCGGCCACUCUCUGCGGAUCCCCUAUGUACAUGGCUCCUGAGGUCAUUAUGUCCCAGAGCUACGAUGCAAAAGCUGACUUGUGGAGUAUAGGAACCAUAGUGUUUCAGUGUCUGACUGGCAAGGCUCCUUUCCAGGCAAGCAGUCCCCAGGACCUCCGGCUCUUCUAUGAAAAAAACAAAACUCUCAGCCCCAACAUUCCCAGAGAGACAUCAAACCAUUUGAGGCACCUGCUUCUGGGUUUGCUGCAGAGGAACCAUAAGGACCGCAUGGACUUUGAUGAGUUUUUCUGUCAUCCUUUCCUGGAAGCCAGCUCAUCCAUGAAAAAGACAACUCCUGCUGUGUCCAUGACCUGCUUCCCCAGCUCUGCAUCAGCCAGCUCUUGUAGCAGCUCGUCCACCUCUCACCUCGCCUCACCACCGCAGUCUCUUGCUGAGGUUCAGCAUUUGCAUGCCAAAGCUCUGGCCUCCCCUACCCAGGAGGCUGCUGGUUUUCUCCUCAAGGACUCGUCUGGAGGUGGUGGCAGCAGCAAAAACUCCUCCUCCUGUGACACAGAUGACUUUGUCAUAGUGCCUGCUAACUUCACGACAGGUGAUCUGACAUGUGAGAGUAAAGUGCUGCAGGACAGCCUCAUGAACAGCGGCUCUCUUCUUGCUUCGGCUGGUCUGUGUAGCCAAGCCAAAACACCACCACAAUCACCGUCCUAUAGUGGCUCUCCAAGUCCUGUCAGGCCCAGUGAGUUCUCGGGAGGUAACUAUGGAAACAACGGUCAGUCACUGCCUAUCCCCGUCCCUUCUCAGCUACAGAAUUACCAGCGCAUGGAGCAGAACCUCCAUUCAACCAAACAGGAUGGCUCACCACGGCUGUCGACACCGGUGCGACGGUGCAGCAGUGGCAGCUUGCUGGGCUUUGCACGGACUGGGCCCUCACCACCACACGGGCAGGGAGCAGUCACAACCAAUCGCAGACUUUCACUGGGAGGUGCCAGACCUUUCCAGAUCUCACCUCAAGCUCCCCAGCCGACUUCUCAUCAACACCCACAAACAGCAGGACUGGGCACACGGCUCCACAGCGCCCCCUGUUUGUUGGAGUGCGCCAGUGGUGGUGGCAGGCAGAAGAUCAGAAAGCAGCACUCAGACCCAGUGGUGGCUCCCUCAGGAGGAAUGAUGACUGUCCGCCCUCUACACUCCUCCCCCAGACUCAGUGAGCUGAUGCAGCGUAGCCCCCUCCCUACCAUCCUCGGCUCCCCCUCCAGGGCCAUUCCUCCUUUUGAGUUCCCCAAACCCCCCAGCUCUCCAAACCUUGUGACCUUCCUGACGCAGCAGGGUUUGGUCAUCGGCUCGCCUGGCAGCAGGACUGCACAAACAGAGCCUAGAGACCCAGGACAACAUGCACCUACACAGGUCCCCCAGCCUGCCCACUGCAUCCACAGACUCAACAAUGAAAACAAGGGCUUUGGAAGGUCUCAGAGUGCCGGCCGUCUGUCUGAUAUGCUGCUCAUGGCUGCAUUCGGACCAGCUGGACUAGCUGGUGAGCGAGGCAGUGCAGAAAACCUGACCUCUGAAAAAGCCAUAGACAUAACAGUGCCCCCUGGGGGUAGUGGAGGCCUUGCACCUAGCUCCGGCAGCCCAGCACAGGUGGUCUUCACUGUAGGCUCUCCUCCCAGUGGCAGCACCCCACCUCAAACCUCCAGACUGAGGAAACAUUCAGGCUCCUUUACUUCAGUCAGCCCCGCAGGCUCCUUCACAAGCCGCUUCCCGCAGACAGCCAUGUAUCUUGAUGGCUUUGAGGCUCCUUCUAGUCCUCGCUUCAGUUUCACUGAUCCUAUCACAGCAAACAUGGGAGGUCAUGUGACCUUUGAGCCUCCUGAGCUGCCUGAGGAGACGCUGAUGGAGCAGGAGCAUACAGACACUGUGCAAAGCCUGCGCUUCAUGUUGGACUUUUCCCGCUGUCUGAUGGAGGUGGCUGGAGCUCGUGGUACUGCAGUGAUAGAGGAGCAGGCAGACAAUUCUCCUCCAUCCAUCCUUCAGCAGCAGAGCCUGGUUGCAGAUCAGAUAAGCUCACUGAGCCGAGAGUGGAGUCAUGUAGAACAGCUGGUCCUCUACCUGAAAACUGCAGAACUCUUGUCCACUGCCUUACACACAGCCAUGGAGCGAGUUAAACAGGGCAAACUCUAUCCAUCCUCUACAGUCAAACAGGUGGUCAAGAGGCUGAAUGAGCUGUAUAAGUCCAGCGUGUUGUCCUGUCGCUUGCUCAGCACCCGUCUGGAGCGCUUCUUUUCAAGGAAACAUCGUCUAAUGGACCAAAUCACCUCCAUCAAAGCCGAGCGGCUUCUGUUCAGCCACACUGUACAGAUGGUUCAAGCUGCUGCGCUGGAUGAGAUGUUCCACCAAGGAGAGGCAUCUAUCCUCAGAUACCAUAAAGCUCUCCUGCUAAUGGAGGGCCUGUCUCUGCUGCUCACUGAACAGGACGACCUCCUCAGUGUUAGCAAAUGUAAGGAGUGCAUUGAAAGACGCCUCACAGCUUUGCAGUCAGGACUCUGCGUUUGAGAAUACAAUGCUGAUUCAUUAAGCGUGAACUUGAUGUCAGUCAUUUGCACCCGCACAUUUCCAGCAAACCAAAUCUCCUCCCUACAUCUCAUUGUUUUCACUUAGAAAUGUUUCAGUUUUCACAAGAGCCCUCAAGACUGAACUUUCUGUGCUCUUUAAAUGGCUUGCCAUUCAUCUCGAGUUUUGGACAAUGGCCCUGACUUCACCAGCACUGAACUUGUAGCAGUGCUGGAUGGGAAGCACUUGUGCUGUGAAAGAAUGUCAUCACGCUUGUCUGUUAGAAAGGACUUUGUACUUGGCAAUGAAUAUGGUGUUUUAUUGCCAAGAAGAUGGUUCUCCUCAUCAGGCGUAACCCAUGCAGGAGCCAUUAUUGCCAAGUAAUCACAUACCCACGUACAGGACUUAACGGAUCCUAAAUAGAUAGCAUUUUAAGAUGGACAGUUAUUCCUUCAACAGUUUUGCAAUAUUCAACUCUAUAGACAAAAUGUUAUCUUUUACCUUGAUGACUUGCUGAGGGGAAAGUACAGUAAAGGCUAUGUUCUAAAGAGUAUCAUUCUCAUCAGAUGUAUUUCUGUUUUAUCUCUAAAUUGUUUUAAUGCUUUUUUUGUCAUCUUGUCUUAUUGUUACUUGCUAGGUGAAGGAAAGUAUAAAUCGUUAUGCUACGUUUGGUGGCUGGAAGUGCAUACGAGCUCUACAAAAAAAUGUUGCCAAAAUUAAUUUUAAAAAAUGUAGUUUUAUUUAUAUGUUAGGUUUUAUUUAAGAUUCACUUUAGAUAAAAUAUAAAAGAGAAACCCCUAAUUUUUUUAUACUUUGCUUAGUCUAUACUUGCUUUGUUUCCCAACAUUGAAUCAGUUGUUUAAACAUUUUUUAAUUGUGAUAGUUGUGCAACAGGCAAAGGAUGGUGUCCAGAAAUCACUCACUAUUUCACUGCUACCUGCAAAACAUAGCUUUUAAUUAAUGACAGACUGAAACCAGUCUGUUAUAUUCCUGAUCACAAUCAUAUUCAAGAUGCUGCAGUAACCUAAGAUGCAUUAUUCAGGGUUUUCAGAAGCUUAGAUGAUGCUGUUGCUGGUAAUUUCUUCACAAGAUUCCAUAUUGUGUGUAUGUUUAUAUGUUACUAUGCCAGGAGUUUUGCAAGUAUAAUCAAAUUUGAAUGUAGUGCUGACAGGAGAGAAACAGCGCUGGUAUUAUCCACGUCCUGGAUGACUUAAGUUUAUCCAAGAGGAAAUGUCUGAAUGUUUUUGCACUGUUGAAGUACUGUAUAGCAAUGUUUUGAGUGGGACAUGCAGAGUAUGUCCAUUUUAUGUUAAUACCUAGAUAGAUUUACUUAUUUAGAGAUUUCAGCUUCCAUUAUUCAAUUCAGUUUUAGUUUUACUUUAGUUACAGUCAAAAGGUAAUGUAUGUUAGAUGUGAGAUUGGUGGAAAAGGAUGGUAUAAGCUAAGAAACCUUUGGAGAUUUCUUUAAGAAGAGAAGAGAAAAAAUUGCUUUACACUUCAAAAUUAAUUUGCAUUGUUGAUGUGUGUGAGAAUUGUAUUUAUAUUGACCUUAGCCUACAACUCUAUGGGUUACUUUCACUCCCCUAAAUUGUGGGCAAGUGGAAAUGGGUCAGCAACCACUUGUUGCUUUUGAGAGAUGCCUCUGUGCAUGCAUGCAUGUAUGAAGUGAUAUUGUGUGAUGUAAAUGGAAAGUGGGGUUUGUUUUGUACCAAAUGAAUGACAUUGAUUUGUGACAAAGUGUGAGAUGGACUAUAGUUGAAUUGGGCAGAUACACUUUAAUCUGGUUGGUCAUACCUGAAGCUAAUACAUCAAGCCAGGUUCUAUUUUCAUCCCAAGGUGAAUUUCCCCCUGCCCUUCUUUACUAAAUUAAGCUUUUGAGUGAACAAGUAUAAACUGUAGAAAAAGAAGUUGAUGAGUGGAAGAUAGUUUACACUAGAUUAAGGAGCAAAUAUGGUAGCACAGUCAGCGGAUAAGAAUGGAGGGAAGUUUUUUCUCAUUGAAGAAUUGUCUAAAUUUUACAUUUGAUGUAUUUUCUUUGUGGCCUUUUUGUAUUUUGUCUGAGAACUUUCUCUGAAACUGUUUUAGAUGUUACUUUGCUUAAAGUGUGUUUUUACAGUUUUUUAAGUGUACAUUCCUUUUAUCAUCUCAUCCACAGGCUCUGUCUCAUUUACAUGCUGCUUUGUGUAGUUGUUUUGUACCGCUGAAUUCUCAAAAGAUUUAGUAAGCAGAUAGAGAUAACACCUGACCUUAACAAAAUAGAUAGAAAUUUCUCAUUUUAUUGCUUCUCUGCAGUUGUAGCUCUCUAAUAAUUAUCACAGUGGUUAGGAGCUUAAAGCACCAUAAAGAUCACCUCUGCAGCAGUUAAACUAAAAGUAUUUAGUGCUAGAAAACUGCACAAUAGAAUAAGAAGUAAGGGGGCGGUGCCAAUCAUCCAUUCUGCUGAAGUGUCCUUGAGUGAAAAAGCAACACCCCACUGGCUCCUGGGAAAAUAUCAAAUAAAUAUUAAAUGAUGUGUCACCUUCAUGAAGAUUUUGCUAUGUACACUCCAACUCUAGAUCUAUGGUUGAUUUGGAUUAUUCCUGUUUUAUGUUUACCAUGAACAUACCUGAAUGUUUUCAUUUUGUGUUUUUACUUUACUUGUUCUCUUACCUGUAAAUAAUGCAUAUUAAGUUAUUGUGUUUGGGUGUAUGAUGCUGUGGAAAUGGAGAGAGAAGUACAAAACCACCUAUACAUUUCCAAAGAAUAGGCCUUCUGCUGAUCAUCCAUAUUGUCUUUUAUUGUUGCAAUAGUAUUUUAAUGUUGUCAUAUCCAUGACAGCCCCACUAUCGCAGUGUCCAUGUGUGUGAUGUAACCUUCACUGUUUGCAAGUUGGAAAAUAAAUAAAGUGAAAGGAAAGAUGA